AUGACUAAAGCAGGAGAUUGCUUUGUACGACUAUGUCUAAAAGUCAACGCAAUUCCCGCACAACUAUUGUGUAUGUUUUUGUUCGUGAUCCAGGCAGCAAGUCUGGACUUUUUCCUGUACAGUGAAAUAUCGGAGCUUCACCUUAUCUGGCUGGUACCUGAUACCUUCAAUUUAUCAUUACUGAUUGCUUGCAUAUACGUCUCCUCGUGUACUGUAGGAAAAGAUCAAAGCCGGGCGAAUAACGAAUUCAGUUUUGCCUGGAUUUCCUGGUUUCUGAUAAAUGUAAUGGUGGCUGCUAAGACUAUUGUUUUAUUUAACGAAAUCGCCACUGGCCUCGAGGAAGAGGAUUCAUUCUUUGGUCCUAACAUUCUAAAGACGACUAUUGCUCUUGGAAGCUGCAUCUUUGUCCUUCUCUUGACCACCCAACACAACGCUCCACUUGGAAGCGAACGACGGCUGUACAUCGAAGAACUCACAGGCACCGUUGUGUUUGAUAUUCUGGAUACUAUAAAACCGAACGCCUUUUGGAAAGGCCUGCAGGAGUUCAUUUUAGCAGUCGCUGCCGUUAAUUUAUUAAUUCCUACAGUCCCGUUGCUUAUUCUUAGCAGGACGAAAUUCGGACAUCACAAGCUACAGAAGCAUCUCAUUUAUGCUCACAGGCUGCUACAAGUGAUUGCAGUAAACGUUCCGAACCUACUUGUCAGAUUCAUCGUUUGGCAUGGCUUCAGUGCCGCCAUUUCCCCCUUCAGUUCUAAAGAACAUUAUACUCAUCUGUAUGACUUUUUAUGA